AUGCUCCCUCUCCGUCUGAUUGGUACGGUCGUCAGAGGGGCUGGCCGAGGUGGAAAACAAUUAAACUGCCCGACAGGUAACUGAUUGCUGAAAAUCCGAGUUCUUGUUUUUAGCCAAUCUUGAUGAGACUACUGUUAAAUCUAUUCCGGAUGGAAUCACCAGUGGUGUCUAUGCAGGUGUUGCUUGUGUUGAUUCCGACUUCUAUAGACCUAUGGUGAUGAGCAUAGGGUAUAAUAUUCAGUUUGAACAGAAGCAAAAGACUGCGGAAGUUCACCUUCUUCAUGACUUCGAGAAAGAUUUUUAUAACUCUAGGUUGGAGGUAAUUGUUCUUAAAUUUAUGAGGCCAAUGGAGACUUAUAAAUCUCUUGGUGAGUUUAUGCCCGUCUUUAGUAUACAUAUUAUUAUCUAGAGGAUCUAAAAUUGGCGAUUGAACAGGAUAAGCGGAGCACGUUGGACUAUUUAAAGAGCAAUAAAGAGUCUAUAUGUGAGAUUACCAAAACAUACGAUAGAAAAAUUGAGUGGUAA